AUGGCGAGCCAGGCUAUUAUUCCCUUCCUGGUCACGAUGAUGCUCGUGACCGGGGUAUGCAACACCAUUCUUAACAAAUUCCAGGACAUGCAAUGUGUCCGCGACUGUGACACCAAUGAUCCCAAAUUAUUUGAACAGCCGGUUCUUCAGACCGCGCAGAUGUUCAUCGGCGAGAUGGGCUGCUGGCUCGUCAUCGGCCUUUCCAUUCUUUACAAGAAAUACGUUACUCCCCGUCUGUCCGGGGACCAGUCCCCUCUUCUCGCGGGUGGAUAUCGACCCGUCCGCGGCGAGGACGGCGGCCUCGAAGAUGAUGACCAAGACCGUACGCUCGACGGGCCUGCUGAUCAAGGACACAUCAAGCCAGUGGACGAAGAUGAAGACCGGAUUCCACUCCGUGGAUGGAGAAUCCUUCUCCUCGCUGCGCCAUCCACCUGUGACAUUACUGGCACAACUCUCAUGAAUGUGGGCUUGCUCUUUGUUGCUGCAAGCAUCUACCAAAUGACCCGAGGGGCGUUAGUCCUCUUCGUCGGUCUAUUCAGCGUUCUAUUCCUCCGUCGCAAGCUUUAUCUGUACCAGUGGAGCGCUCUCUUCGUCGUUGUCCUCGGUGUGGCCCUGGUCGGUCUCGCUGGUGCACUGUUCAGCGGUGACAGUGGUCAUGAUAUUAACCAAGACGAUAGCGUCUCUUCCCAAACUGCCGGGACUCCCGAGGCGGUGCAGACUGUCAUAGGUGUUCUUCUUAUUGCGGCAGCGCAGAUCUUCACAGCUUCGCAGUUCGUGUUGGAAGAGUGGAUACUCGAGAACUAUGCCAUGGACCCCAUUGAGGUCGUGGGCUGGGAAGGAAUUUUCGGCUUCUCUGUUACCUUCAUUGUCAUGCUUAUCAUGUAUGCUGCAGUUGGAAGAACGGACGUAGGUCAAUACGGCUACUUCGACAUGAAGGAAGGUAUGUACGAGAUGGUCAGCAACCGCGCUGUGGCCAUCUCCAGUAUCUUGAUCAUGAUCAGUAUUGGCGGCUUCAACUUCUUCGGUCUCUCAGUCACCCGUACCGUCUCUGCCACCUCCCGUAGCACAAUCGACACUUGCCGUACGCUGUUCAUCUGGCUUGUCUCUUUGGGCCUAGGCUGGGAAUCUUUCAAGUGGCUCCAGGUCGCCGGAUUCGGUCUGCUCGUUUACGGCACCUUCCUCUUCAACGACAUCAUUCAACCCCCUCUCAAGGCCUGUCUACCGAGCCACAGACGGGAUGGCGAGGUCUUGCUUCCCGAGGAUCCGAUCGAACACCACUAA